AUGGGUUCUAACAAUCAUUUUUUGGUCCUUAUUGUCUAUGUUGAUGGUGUCCUUAUUGCAGGAGCUCAUGAGCUUGACAUCAUAAAUGUGAAGCAUUUUCUUGAUAAAAAAUUCACAAUAAAUUACCUUAGGUAUGUUAAUUACUUUCUCAAGCUGGAGAUUGCAAGAUCAUCUGUUAGUACUUUCUUAAGUCAGCGUAAAUAUGUUCUUGACACUAUCAAGGACGUAAGGCUUAUGCAAGCUAAGAUUGUAGAUUUUCUAAUGCCAAAAGUUUUAAAGCUUAACACUAAUGAUGAUUGGGCCGCAUGCCCCAUGUCAUGGAAGUCUAUCAUGGGAUUCUGUAUUUUCUUAAGAUCCUCUCUUGUCUCUUUGAAAUCCAAGAAGUAA